AUGGCUCACGGCAACAAGAAGAAGGAAGAAGCUCCAAAGAAUGUCGAUUCCUACGCCGAUCACCAGAAAUUCUGUUUCAGAAAAUGUGUCAGAUAUGCCUCAAUUAAAGGAAAAUGUUCAGAUUUUGAAUGGGUAGGAACCAAGAAGGAAUGUUGUCAGUGGAAGAAGGUCGGUGGUGGUAAAUGUAUUCGUUUCAAGAGAUUUAGCAAGUGUGUGAAACAUUCCAAAUCCAGAAAACUCUGUUUGGGACAUGGUUACAAGCAAGUUUGUAACAAACACAAGAAGGAAAAGUUCUGUGUCAAGUACCAAUGGAAACAUUCUUGCAAGAAGGGACAUAAUCAUGCUUGUGCUGAAUAUGCUUAUCACUUCAUUUGUACCAAAUACGAUCGUUCACACAUUUGUGCCAAAUUCAUUAAGGUUCCAAAGACUGCCUAUUUCUUCAAGCAACGAUGUGCUCAAUUCAGAGUCACUGCCAAGUGUGAUUCUUACAGACAAGUUUGUAAAUGCCAAAAGAAGUGGAGAAAGGUUUCCAAGAAGCACUACAAGGGAUGGACUGAUGUCUAUUACACUGCUUUCUGUGUGAAGAAGUGUCACAGCAUUUGUAAUAGAAUCGUUAAGAAGAAGAUUUGUGUCAGACAUCAACCAGUCAAAUUCAGUAAGAAGAAGGGAUACAUUAAGAAGUGCGUCAAAUUCGUCGAUAGAAAGUUCUGUGUUGCUCAAAAGAAGGCUCGUUUCUGUACUAAAUGGGUUAAGAAUCACUUCUGUCAAUUCAAGAAGAAAGUUAGAGUGUGUGUCAAACACAAGUUCCGUAGAUUCUGUGCAAGCUACAAGGCUGUUCCAUUCUGUACUCAAUUCCACAGGACCAAGCCACACUGUAUUAAGAGAAAGCACUGGAAGAAGUGUGUUGAAAAGUCCAAGCCAAUUAGAAUUUGUAAGAAGUUCCAAUUCGUUGGUGGUACUAAGAAGUGUGUCAAGCAUGGAUUGGUGACCAAGUGUGUCAAGCAUAAGACAAUUUGUACCAAGAUUGAUAUCUACAAGCCAGAGGAGAAGAAGAAGGAAGAAAGAAAGGAAAGAAAGGAAGAGAAGAAGUAUUAG